AUGAAGUUCUCUACCGCUGCUACUAUCCUUUUCGCCAUGUUUGUCGCUUCCGCUGUUGCUCUUCCCCGCGGAAACUACCACAAUGACUAUCACAACGACGGUGGCGAUGACACUGUUGACCUUAAGGGCUGCACUGAACAAGGAGAUUUGACUGGCCUGCUCCCCGCCGUCCUCCAAGCAGGUGUCCUUUCAAACAACCAUAAGAAAUGUGUGCAAGCCGUCAAGGACGUCGACCAUUAA